AAUAGAAAACCGAGGUAUUGCGAAUGAACAAAACUUGUGAGACAAAUUGGGGAAAAAUGUCGAACACGAAAGUAUUGGUUCCCCUGUCUCUGACUAAUUCAUUACAUCACAAGCUUAUAAUAACAGUUCGCCUUUUGUCCACAGCGGGAAAUAGGAAGGAUGACCGAAUACGUCAAACUAGAUUGGAGACUAGAUUGGAGAGCACAAAACAAGAUGAAGAAAAAGAUUUCCGUGUGUUCCAGAUAAAAGGUUUGAAUCAGAGAAGCAAGAGGGAUCAAAGAAAAAAUGAUGCUCCGAGAAUGCAACCACGAUAUAUAAAUAUGAAGCCAGAUGACGAUUGGACGAAUGUCUGGCCGACUGCUUCCACCUUCAAAUGGUCUGCAAUACCGUUUCCCGUACGCCAGGGAUACACUGAUAAUCUAUCUGAAAAUGAGAAUGUUACACCUGGUCGCUAUGCCAACACAGAAUUACUCAAGAUUCCCAACUUUCUACAUUUAUCACCUGGUCAUAUUAAGAAACAUUGUCAGGUGUUAAAAGAUUUUUGUACGCCAUGGCCAGCUGGUUUGGAGACAGAUGAAUUAUGUGAUCAACAUUUUCCUUUAACUAUCAAAACACGAGAUUAUUGUUUUUCUAGCCCGUCUGUUGCUGAUUCACGAUCACGUUUAGUUACUGUCAAGUUAAAAUUAGCUGAUUUAAGACUGGAUGAACAUGGUGAAGACAAGAUUAAAAGACUGUUAGGGGAUAAAUAUGAUCCAGAGACAGGGGAGAUAACCUUGAACACAGACAGAUGUCCGUUAAAGAAACAGAAUUAUGAUUAUGCGAUGUAUCUGUUAACUGCUUUAUAUUACGAGGCGAAGAAAGUGGAACCAUGGGAGCUAGAGAAAGACGAAGCAGACAUAAAUAAAUUCACCUGGGAACAGAGUCAGUCGAAAAGAAAUAUUUUAAAACUUUUAGAACAGAAUGAAAAGAGAUCAGAGGAGGAGAUAUUAAAUAAAGAGGAGAUAAAGUUGUACGCUAGUUCUGUAACGGAAUUACACAAUGAAGGGGAGAAUUAUACAACUAUUAAUAAAUAUAAACAAUCUGUUUUACAAUUACUCAACGUUAAAUCAAGGCUGACAUAGAAUAAACUUAUUAUUUAUAUAUAAAAAAUGAUUUAGAUUUCAAUUUGAGGAAGAAAGUGAGGGGCACACGACAGUUUGUCAUGGAAAUCAUGCAACUUGAUGCAAGUGGCAGGAAAUCAGAGGACUCACAGAAAGCAUUGGAGUCUGGGGGGAUUGGAUGGCCGAAUGGUUAGCGCGUGCGCGAUGUUUCAUAAGGUCUAUCAUUGAGUCACCUGGCGUGGAUUUGAUUCCCCGGUUGUACGUGACAAGGAGUAGGUUCGCCUGUCCAACCUCUGGGUUCUCUGGUUUCCUCCCACUGCUGAAGACCCCCACGCUCAAGCGAAUUAUUGAAAUAAAAUUGAAAUGACCUAGUUUGUGUUGAGUGGACGUUAAACCCCAUGGGAGCCUACUCCUCACGUCCAAUGACUCAAUGAUCUAUAGAACAUGCGAUAAACCAGUAGACAAACCAACGCAUGACACACAUAAUUUUAUUUCUAUGAUUUGUUUGUGUGUACGAGUCUUUAGCAGUGCGGGGGCACUUACUUGGUCUCAUGGGGCAGGGGCAGGGACUUACUUGGUCUCAUGGGGCAGGGGCAGGGACGAAGCAGAGGUAGCUAUAUUCUCCCUAUGUUACUAGAUACAAUUAGUUACUCCAUCUUCUAACAAAAAAGGGACACAAUGGCAGAGGGGUUUUAAUGUCCUAUUGUUUCUGUUCCGACUGGGCUAAUGAAGACGUGCAUCCGUCAUACAGUGUGCUAUGAGGGAAAUAUUGCCCAGACAGCGGCACUACGGCCACCUCUUAUAUCGUGUGUUAACGUAACCUAGAUUUUUUCGCUCCACUCCGCUGAGUAAAGUGUUUCAAGUCAUUAAGAUGUAACGAAAAUAGAAUCACACCCAUGGCGAGAUGAUUUCAAUGGUAUUUACUAACUGAACUGGAAAAAAAAACAGUACACAAUUCUAUGGAAGUCCCUGUGGCCACUAUAUUGACGGACAGUAUAGAUUUCUGAACCAGUGCCUUGUUCACUGAGUCACCGCGGCUCCCUCUUAACAGAAAGUUAUUUGAAAAUACUUUGGACAUGUUUUUGUUGGUUUUUGUGCAAAUUCUUGCAAUUUCCUGUAAUCAGUUGUCCCUAUUGGAUCCAUUGAAAAGAAUUCUGAGAAUGUGAGAGUGGCCGAUUGUUUUGGUUUGUUGUGAAAGCCUGCCAACCGUUGUUGUAAAAUAAAAGGCUCGUAUUAAGCUCUUCACCAAAUCAUAUCACCAAACAACAAUGUUGCUAUAUACCCCAACGACAAUACCUUUAAACGACAAUGUUAUUAUAUACCCUCCAACCUGGGUUUUCUCCGGGUCCUCCGGUUUCCUCCCACUGCGAAAGACCCCUACGCACAAGCGAAUUAUUGAAAUAAAAUUGAACCAUAUUGUUAGUCCCGAAAUGACCUAGUUUGUGUUGAGUGGAUGUUAAACCCCAUUUCUCUCUCUAUUAGAUACCCCAACGACAAUAUUCUGUGUGUGUGUGUGGGGGGGUGUCUUAAAGAUAAAUACAACAGUUUAAUAAUUAGACCACGCCAGUGGUAUACGAGAUACCACGCUGCUAACACUUGUAACUUCUGGUUAGCGGGCAAGGGUAUUACUCACGGAGCUGCCGUGGCUCAUGGAUUUAUAGAAAUAAAGUACAAUGAACCAAGUAAACGUAAAAUUAAUUAAGUGAGUGUAUUCUGCUUUGAACAGUUUAUCUUUAUUCAGUUAUAUUUGGUUAUAUAUUCAGACAACAUUGUCGUGUUAUAUAGGCCUACCAGUUUGUAUAUAAUAAAAGGACAGGCCUUGGAAUGAACAUUUUUCUUUAGAGGGUCCAUAUUCCAAUCAGAUUAAAACAUAGAUCUUAUUUCGUUUCCUUUUUUAUAGUUCAAAAUCGUUUUUACUACACUAGGAUCUGGAAGAGUUGUUAUAUAAUCCGUGUUCUGGAUGAUGUGAGGGAUUAGUCAAUGAAACGAUCUGUUGCAGCGAGUUCUUGGCGUGCGAUGCACGAAAUUGU